GGAAGGAUGAGCUCCUGUGCUGACCUCUGCGGGUCCAGGCACGUGCAGGGCAGCACCGAGGGAGGGUACCAGCGCUAUGGAGUUCGGUCCUACCUGCACCAGUUCUAUGAGGAUUGCACAGCUUCAAUUUGGGAGUAUGAGGAUGAUUUUCAGAUCCAGAGAUCGCCUAGCAGGUGGAGCUCUGCUUUCUGGAAGGUCGGACUCGUCUCCGGGACAGCUUUUAUGCUGGUAGGUUUAACAGUUCUUGUCGUGGGUUUCCUUGUGCCGCCGAAAAUCGAAGCCCUGGGGAGAGAUGAUUUCGUGGUGGUGGACGCCCGCGCUGUGCAGUUCAACGGGGCCCUGGAUGUGUGCAAGCUGGCAGGAGCGAUCCUCUUCUGCCUCGGAGGCUCCGUGGUGGCGGCCUGCCUGAUGAUGUCUGCUUUUGCCAAAAGCUACUCCAAAGAAGAAAAGUACCUCCAGCAGAGAUUUAAAGAGAGGCUAGCUGACAUCAAGGGCCACGCCAGCCCAGUCACAAAAGUGCCAGCACCGGGAGAAUCAAAGAUACCUGUUACUUUGUCCAAAGUUCUCAAUGUCCAACCUCUAUCCGAAACCUGACCCUUUCCCUGGGUUUCCUUUCUCACUUGUAGAUCCCUUUAACUGGAGAACACCAGCUGCGGUUGGCAUACGUGCUAGUCAGUUACAACAUGUAGUGCUCUGC